CGUUCUCCCCGUACGCUUUUUUGCUUUCUCUUUCUUCCUCCUAUUUCUCUCGUUUCUUUCCUUGUCACUAGACUGCUGGGGGCAACACGAAGAUACGAAAUAAAAAUAUAUAGAAAAAAAAAAGGAUCUGCGUUCCCCCCAUCUUCAUUUUUGUUCUACGUUUCUCCUCCGAGCCGGGAAACCUUUAUCUAGGAUUUCCGAUUUCUCCGCCAAUGUGGAUUCCGGUAGCUGGAUUCUUCGCCGUCUCCCUUCUCUCCGUGUGACCCUCUAGGCCCUUCUAGGGUUUGCUUUUGGUGAAGUGUCCGAAUUUGUCGAGGUUUCAGAUUUCGCGCGGGUUUCUGAGUCGAGGCUUUGCAGGCGGCGGUUCUUGGGCCCUGGACGAUCCAGCGUCGUUCCUGUGGCUGAGAUUUGUUUGCGAUUUGGUUUCCUGUUACCCAGCGUUGAUGAUCUAGGUUAGCUUUCAGGGAUUCUGGGGUUUGCUUAGAGUUCCGCGAGCGUUUCUCUAUGGCGGAUUUACAGAACGGUGGGGAUGAUCUGGGUUUCGAGACGCCGAAGCCGUUUCUGGGGGUUUCUGCGUCUUUCAAGGGCGAUAGCAGGAGCAAGAGGAAGAAUCAGCACCUGCGAUCCGGCUCGGAGACGGAUGACUUCAUCAAUCUCUUGCACGGUUCGGAUCCGGUGAAGGUGGAGCUCAAUCGGCUCGAGAAUGAAGUUAGAGAUAAAGAUAGAGAGCUGGGAGAAGCCCAAGCAGAGAUCAAGGCAUUAAGAUUAUCAGAGCGCUUAAGGGAAAAGGCUGUUGAAGAACUUACAGAUGAACUAAAAAAAGUGGAGGACAAGCUGAAGACAACCGAAGCUCUUCUGGAAAACAAAAAUCUUGAGAUCAAGAAGAUAAAUGAUGAGAAGAAGGCUGCAUUAGCAGCACAGUUUGCAGCAGAAGCAACCCUUCGAAGAGUCCAUGCAGCUCAGAAGGAUGAUGAAAUGCCUCCAAUAGAGGCCAUUAUUACACCACUAGAAGCAGAGCUUAAGCUUGCUAGACUGGAGGCUGCCAAGCUGCAGGAUGAUAAUAGGGCACUUGAUCGACUUACCAAAUCAAAAGAAGCAGCUUUGCUCGAAGCAGAGAGAACUGUCCAAUUAGCAUUGGCAAAAGCCUCUUUAGUUGAUGAUCUGCAAAACAAAAACCAAGAGCUGAUGAAACAGAUUGAGAUCUGUCAGGAAGAAAACAAGAUUCUGGACAAAAUGCACCGGCAGAAGGUCUCGGAGGUCGAAAAAUUGAGUCAAACUGUUCGAGAGCUUGAAGAGGCUGUUCUUGCUGGUGGUGCAGCUGCAAAUGCUGUGCGUGAUUACCAACGAAAAGUGCAAGAGAUGAAUGAAGAAAGGAAAACUCUUGAUCGGGAAUUAGCACGCGCAAAGGUUACAGCAAAUCGUGUAGCAGUGGUAGUUGCAAAUGAAUGGAAAGAUGCCAAUGACAAAGUAAUGCCUGUGAAACAAUGGCUUGAAGAAAGGAGAUUUAUGCAGGGGGAAAUGCAGCAGCUUCGAGAGAAACUCGCUGUAGUUGAAAGAACUGCAAAAUCUGAAGCACAGCUGAAGGAGAAAUAUCUGUUGCGACUCAAAGUUUUGGAAGAAGGCCUGAGAGGACAAUCAAAUAGUAAUGCACGCAUGUCCUCUGAUAGAAGAAGUGCAAGUAAUGGACCAUCUCGAAGACAGUCCCUUGGUGGAGCUGAAAAUUUGUCAAGAACAUCUUCAAAUGGUUUUUCAUCAAGGAGAACCCCAACACGUCAACAUGGGUCUGCAACUUCAAACAGCGUUAGCACUAUACUGAAGAAUGCUAGGAACUCUUCAAGGUCUUUUGAUGGAGCUAAUCGGUCAUUGGAACAAGCCAAGGUUUUCACCAAUGGUAUAGGGUCCAAUUCUUCAGUUAACAAGGUAGAUGGAGGUAGAGAUAAUGAGGUGCAUAAUACUGCAUGGAAGGACAAUGCAGAUGGUAAACCGAUUGAGACUGAAAAAGCAGAUACUGAUGAAUAUGUAUCAGGGUUGCUGUAUGAUAUGCUGCAAAAGGAGGUCAUAACUUUGAGGAAGGCUGCUCAUGAGAAGGAUCAAAGUCUCAAAGACAAGGAUGAUGCGAUUGAGAUGUUAGCUAAAAAGGUGGAGACUCUGACAAAGGCCAUGGAAGUUGAGGCCAAGAAAAUGCGAAGAGAAGUAGCUGCAAUGGAAAAGGAAGUAGCUGCAAUGAGAGUUGAUAAGGAACGUGACUUGAGGGCACGGCGCUUUAGUAGUAGUUCUAAGGGGCCUGUAGUGAGCUCUCAGCUGCUUCAUGGAAGGAGCAUGCGAAAUUCAUAACAAAUCAGCAUAGGCCGGUAUGGUUCUCUUUCAUUCUUACGUAAAUUAUUUCCUUAUUUUCCCUCUAAUUGGUUAUACUCGCUAGCUCACGUCUGCCCAUUGUCGAAGAAGUUGGGGCAGCUCAAGAUCGGCAUGUUUUUCGGUCAGGUCUUUUGUCUGGGGGUUAGCAUAGCAGCAUGUGCUUGGGUGUGUACUGUGUAAUGUAGGUGGUCCCUCUCCUUUCCUUUUCUUUUCUCCACUUGUAUGGGUCCAUGUCUUUUUCGCCAGCCGGUCUGAUUCGCAAACAGCUAACGUGUAUUAUAUCUGAAUGUGUUGAUUGUGAAUAUGCUGUACUAAUAUCAGAUGUAGUUCUGAGUGGUUUCACGCA